AAACACAUCUAUUAACGCACGUCUCUCUCUCUUUCUAACACACACAUCCUUUUCACUCGGGAGAGAGAGCACAUGGUGUUUGUUUUGGCCGGCGUCGAUUCGCAAGAAUGAUUUCUAUUACCUCAUCGGAGCUUAACUACCUCGUUUUCCGGUACCUUCAAGAAUCAGGGUUUACGCAUUCAGCAUUUGCUUUAGGAUAUGAGGCGGGGAUUAAUAAGAGCACAAUAGAUGGAAAUUUAGUUCCCCCUGGUGCUCUGGUUACCUUUCUACAAAAGGGAAUUCAAUAUCUUGAAUUGGAAGCAAAUUUGAGCAAUGAUGACACAGAUACGGAUGAAGACUUCCAGUUUUUACAACCCAUUGAUCUUAUCACGAAGGAUGUAUAUGAGCUGCAAAAAAUAAUAAAAGAAAAAAAGGAAAAGCUUCGGCAAGAUAAGCCUAGGGGAAAAGACAAGGAUAACAAUGUCCAUGAGAGGGAGCAUGGACGAGAACCUGCUAGAGAAAGGGAGAAGGAAAAACAAUUGAAGGAAAAAGAGCAAGAUCGAGAUCGAGAGAGAGAGAAAAUUGAGAAGGAUAAGGAGAGAGAGAAAAAUAAGGACAAAGAAAAACCACGCGAGGAUCCCAUGGACGUGAAAGCCAAUGGAGAUAAAGAUGUUGUCACGCAUGAGGAGAAUGGAAAGGCUGCUGAUCCGGAGCCAAUGGAGGUUUGCACAAGCUCUACCUCGCUGCCAUGUGAAAUCCCGAGUUCUGAUGUACUGGUUUUGGAUGGGCAUACAUCCGAGGUCUUUGCAUGUGCCUGGAGUCCAGACGGUUCACUUCUUGCAUCUGGGUCUGGAGAUUCUACUGCUAGAAUUUGGACAAUUGGAGAUGGUCCUUGUCAUUCUCGUAUGCAAAAUGGGCCUGUAAAUGUCAUGGUAUUGAAGCAUUUUAAAGGUCGAACAAACGAGAAAAGCAAGGAUGUCACAACACUCGAGUGGAAUGGCGAGGGAAACCUACUAGCAACGGGUUCUUAUGAUGGUCAAGCUAGAAUCUGGAACCGAGAUGUANCUCUUGAUGUUGAUUGGCGAAACAACAAUUCCUUUGCAACCUGCUCCACUGAUAACAUGAUUUAUGUUUGUAAAGUUGGAGAGAGUCGGCCUGUCAAAACUUUUUCGGGGCAUCAGAGUGAAGUCAAUGCAAUCAAGUGGGACCCCUCAGGCUCCUUGUUGGCAUCGUGCUCUGAUGACACCACGGCUAAGAUAUGGAGCGUGAAACAAGAUGCCUGCGUGCAUGAUUUCAAAGAACAUGCCAAGGAGAUCUAUACCAUCAGAUGGAGUCCAACAGGCCCUGGUACGAGCAACCCAAAUCAACAGUUGUUGCUGGCCAGUGCCUCUUUUGACUCCACAGUGAAGCUAUGGGAUGUAGAACUUGGCCGUCUCCUUCACAGUCUGAAUGGCCAUAGGGAUCCCGUUUAUUCUGUUGCAUUUAGCCCAAACAGCGAGUACUUGGCAACCGGGUCAUUGGAUAGAUGCUUGAACAUAUGGUCUGUGAAAGAGGCCAAGAUCAUAAAAACUUACAGUGGAAAUGGUGGAAUCUUUGAAGUGUGCUGGAACAAGGAAGGCAACAAGGUUGCAGCUUGUUUUGCGGACAAUGUGGUCUGUGUCUUUGAUGUUCGGAUAUAGAUGUUGUGAAACAAACAGGAAAAGGUGAUGUUGAAGAUGGACGAGAUCGUUUAAGCACUUGUAACAAGUAAUACCUUAACUUGUGACAGAAAUCUGCUUGGACGUAUGUACAAUUGUAGGACAACUAAAAUAUUCAACAAGUCAUAUUUGGAGCACAUUGUAGAUAGUGCAGAUAGUAUCAUGGCAUUGACUUAGUUUUAGGUUUUGGCAGAGCUGAAACUGUAAUUACCGACUGUUGCACUGCGUUGAAGUGAGGAAGCUGCAGUGGCAGUGACCGCGCUGUCAUGAUUUAUUUGUUGCUCAAAUGCUGACAUUUAGUUGCUUAAUUUUAUUGUUUUCCCCAGUA